AGAGAGAGAGAGAGAGAGAGAGAGAGAGAGAGAGCAGUUGCUCCGCACCCCGACGAAGAUGGAUGCCCUGGAGCUGCAAGCCGCCUUGGUGAAGUUGGACCCGGCCACCACGGUGACGCCGAUCGGCACCACCGUGAAGCUGGUGCCGCACCAUUGCGUCGCCUUCACCGUCAACAUCGACGACAGCGAGCUGAGUAUGGAGAACUCGCAGCGGGACGGCGACAAGUCAACGGCCGAAGUGACGGCGGCGGCGACAACGACAGCGGCGACGACGACGACGACGACGACGACAACGUCGUCGGCGGCGACGUCGCGGAAGACCCCGGGUAACUGCGUGGCCGGGCUGACGAGCGCGGCGGCCACGACCACGCCAGCCAGCCAUCAGAAUCACCAAGGUGGCCAACAGCAGCUGGCUGUCUCCAAGUGCGGCAUCGUCGAGGUCAGGUGACGCCAGCCGCCUUGCUUCGGCGUCAACGUCAUCUACCACACGUACCCGCCGCACCGGGGCAGCAAGCACCACGCCAAGCAUCACGCCAAGGAGAAGAGGCAUCAUCAUCAUCACACUAUGCAUCAUCAGCAUCAC